AUGAAAACUCCCCUCGCGGCCCUCCUCACCUUCGCCCUCCUCACCACCUCCACCGCCACCUACCAAUGCCUCGACUCAGCGCCCAACCUAUACUGCUGCCAGAACCACCCCUUCGCCUGCCAGAUCCUCCGCGACCCAGACCAAGAUCCCUCAAAACCGCCGGGAACUUCGUAUCAGCCUGCCGAUUUAAACGCGUUCACAGCGGCUUGCGCAAGACUCAAUGGGGCGUCGUGGCCAGCUUGCUGUUAUGUUGAUGCAAAGAUAACGUCGUGUAAUCGGGCAUUCAAUAUGAAAAAUCGCAGACAGAAUCGUAAGAUUGCAAAGUACGAAGCUUGA